AGCUACUAAAACACAUGUUCGUUGCGCCUGUCUCACCACAACGGAGAGUAAUCGCUUAUUUACAUCGCCAUGAGCAAAAAGAAAAAAACUAUGAGCAGACUAGAAGAAAUAGACAGCUGUCUUGAGAAGGAUCGACAACUGCAGUCUUUCGUCAAAGAUGCUAUCGAAAAGAAUGAUCAAUUCAGCUCGUUAAUGGAUAGCAUGUUCAAUAGACUAAGUACUCGACUGGAUCGUCUUCAGAACGCAAUUGAAAAAUUUGGGGAAAUGAAGAGAUUGAAGACAGUGAAGAGAAAUGCAGAGGAUACUGUGGCAGAACUAAAUACAGUCAUUGGUUAUUACCAUGUCCUCAGCAUCACUAACAGCACUACCAAGGAAGGACCUAAAGGGCAAUUGGAGGACUACCUGCGCUGCUUAGAGAAGAUUAAGGCUGCUGCAGACUACUUUGAUGAAGUGCUUCCAUAUGGCCUUGAGCUCAGAGCAAUGAAGCUGAAGCUGUAUGCAUGCAGACAGCAGCUGAAGUCCGAGUUCAACAGGCUACUGCUGAGAUGCAGUAAUCCGGCAUCUCCAUUGGACGUCCUCUGCCUCAUCGAGCAGGAGAAACUGGACGGGUACCACCGAUACAGCACCUCGAAACCAUGUGUGGGCGUUCCAAGUGCCGAGCGUCAUGAUAUGGCUUCCAUCUCCCCCUGGUUGUGUGAGGAGCCUUCCAAAUUAGAUAUUUUGCUAGAGGACGUCGAUAAGGUUUGUUUCCGGGCACCCAAGAAGAGCGACAAGCCGCUUAAGACCAUGUCCCUGGACAGAGAUGUCUGUGGAAGUCCGCACCCUCAGAAGAAGAGGGCGGCAUUCUGGCUGGGCAGGAAGAGGUUCAAGACUCGCUCUCUGGACCGACCCCCGGCCUUAAUGUCCCUGCCUCAACGCAAGGAAGGCGGUGACUUUCAAUCCAGCGUUCUCCCGACCAUCAUGGAAGAGGAGACCCCAUUGGAAACCAGGAGCAGGAGCCCCAACCGACUGAAAACGCGCUCUCUAGAUGGCACGGAGACCCCAAACACCUUCAAGGCCCCUCUCCCUGGAAGCCCCUUCGUCAGGAAGACGGCGUCCUGGCUGAACAACAAGAUGCAGAGCCGGCAGACUCGCUCGCUUGAGAGACACCCCGGACUGCCACCGGUGCACAGCCCUGCCGUCAGAGGAAAGCCACAACUACCAUUCAACAUCUUCUCUGCAUAUUCCAGUGCUCGAUCCUGCCGCCUGAACCGGUCCUUUCAGGAUUUCAAAGAUCACCUGCACAAGAGUUCCACAAGCCUGCGGUCUUUUUCCUUGCCCAUCUCUUCCCCAUCACGCUCCUCCUCUUCCUCUUACUCCUCCUCUUCCUCUUCCAGCUUCACACGGAGCUCCUUGAGCAACUCCAUAAGUAGAGCCUUCAAGAUGCUAGGGAAGGAGGGUUGGGGUGACAUUGAUGUUGAGCACUACAGUCAAAGCAUCAAAGCUUUCCGUCUCUUGGCUGCAGCAGAGGUGGAUGCAGUCGGAGAAAUCUUUCCAAAGACUCACUGGGGGAAGGUCGUCGACCCAUUGGUGCAGAAAGCUCUGGAUGCCCUGAUUGAUGAUGGAGAGUACAUCAUCUAUGUUGCCCGCCAUGCUGUGCACCGCUGCCAUCAUUACGGCAUGCUGCUGACUGUCCUGCGUGUUCUUCAAGACCUCAAAGAGGGGCAGCACAGCAUCCACUGCCUGCUGAUGUAUGCGUCUGAUGAAACACAAGAGAAGCUACCUAGUCUCGCCAAGUCCAUGGAAGCAUUCGUUCUCCAGGGCUUGGAUAGGUACCGGGAUAGUAUCAAGGAAAAAACGUACAAGAAGAGGGAGAUGCCACCGGAUGGUACGGUCCAUGAGCUGGCCUGUAAUGUUGUUCUCUUCCUGAGCCAGCUGGUCCAGAUGAACGCCACAUUAGGAGUCUUUCAUUUGAGGGAUGCAGCCACUUCGAUGGGAUCGAUGGGAUACUCUGUAGGCGUCAACGGCAACAGACAUCUCCGGCUGUUUAUCUCUGAUGUGCUGGAGCUGGUCUUCUUGAGUCUGGAGAGCAUGGCUGAUGAGUAUGGGGACUCUGCACUGAAGGCCAUCUUCCUGCUCAACAACGCCAACUACAUUUACAACUGCAUCUUAAAGGCCCAGUUACAGGAGGUGUGGGCGGCCUGUAAGGAGAGUCCACUGGCCGUGUGGGAAGGCAGGGUGGAGGAACAGAAGAAGAAAUAUGUACAAAGCUGGAUGAAGGUCACCGAAUACCUUUGGUGUGAUGAAGGGGUGCCCUUAGCAGAGCCUGGAUCAAGGCCAAACCAAAAUGUGCGCCACAAGAUCAAAGGAAAGCUCACGGACUUCAAUGAUGGCAUUGAUGGCCUGGUUGCGAGGCAGGAGAGGUGGACCGUCCCUGAUCAGGUCCUGCGAGAGACCUUACAACAGGAGCUGCUCUGUGUGGUGGGCCAAGCCUAUAGGACCUUUCUGUGGAGAUACAACAAAGUUAAAUUCACCAGAUACCCACAGAAAUAUUUCAAGUACUCUACAGAGGAGGUGGAAGAGAAGAUUGAGAGGCUCUUUCAAUCCCUAACCUAAUUAGAAAUCAAAUUUUGGAUGCCAUCCUACAAUUGCCAUUGUUGUUUGUUUACAAGAUAUUUUGUGGCAGUGACUUUCACACAUUCCUUCAUGAAAUAUUAAGAAUAAACUACUUUGUUUCAUAUCUUA